GCUGCUUGGAGGCUGAAUGAAGAGCAUCGAGACCGGCAGAGAAGUCAGCACCACCGCCGCUACGGAGAUACACGUCCGGGGAGAAGGGUAACUAGUCGAGACGCCGCUGCUCCCCAUUUGCAUUCGCCCACCAUGGGCCUCUCAACCAAGACGAUACACGUUCACCGUCACCAGCAGCACCUGAAAUGGUCUCGAGAUAUCCCUCCUGUGCUCACGAUCAACUCGGGUGAGACGGUCACCUUCGAUGCGCUUGACGGAAGCAAUGGCAUGAUAGCAAGAGAUUCCGGUGACGAUGCUAUAUUGAAGUUCGACGUCGAGAGGGCGGACCCCGGAUUCGGACCUAUCUACGUGAACGAGGCCGAGCCCGGAGAUGUGCUCAAAAUUGAGAUCUUGGACCUGCAACUUGGCGAUUGGGCGUGGACAGCUAUAGUCCCGAAUUUCGGGCUAUUGGCUGAUGAGUUUCCAGAGCCGAAGCUUAAGAUAUGGGAUAUUGACCCCAGCCUGCCCUAUGUCAAGUUCAAAGAAGGGGUGCACGUCCGUAAGGCACCCUUCCUAGGCAUCAUGGCGGUUGCGCCAGGUGUCGAAGGCGAGUUUUCUACCAUUCCGCCUCUCGAGACUGGCGGAAACAUGGAUUGCCGAUACCUCACUGCAGGUUCUACGCUCUACCUGCCCAUCCGUACCAAAGGUGCCCUGUUCAGUUGCGGUGACGGGCAUACUGCCCAGGGAGAUGGAGAGGUCUGCGGGACGGCCAUUGAGACCACUCUUACCGCUUCACUACGUCUAACAGUCGUCAAGAACCAGCCGUGGGUUACCUCUCCGCAGUUCCAGACACCCCCGCUCAAGCAGAUGCUAUCUGCCGCAGAUAUUGAGGCAGACAAGGGUGAAUAUGCCACCAUGGGAAUAGACUGUGACCUCCUCGAGGCGACCCGGAAAGCAACCCGUAACAUGAUUGAAUGGCUCACUUGCACCAAGGAUUUAACGCGAGAGGAGGCCUAUAUGCUCACUAGCGUCGCAGGCUGUCUCAAGAUGGCUGAGGUCGUCGACAUGCCCAACUAUGCUAUUGUAAUGACAAUGCCGCUAAGCAUAUUUGUGGCCCCGGAAUGGCCAAACGGAACGACAACCUGAUUUUACAACUAUGUAUAUACUUUUGGAGCGUUACUUUUCAUGACUGAGUAUUCACUUCGCUGGUUUUUUUUUCCUUGCACAUCUAAUGCCUGCCCUCUUACGGAGUAUGUUCCUCCUCCUUGAUCACCUCCGGCGCCUUAGAUGCACAUAACCUGCUCACAUCCAAUACACAACGCAUACAUAGACAUAAUAAAUAUACCCAUACAGAGUAGGCAUGGGGUUCGAUGUGUGACCCCAUGUCAUAUAUAUACAUUUGCCCACAUAUUUCCGUCACCCUGGUCCCGUUCGCCUGGGAUUCCUGCAGCUCGGAUGCUAAAAGGAGUCAACCGACGCUCGGCCACUUUAGCAGCGUGCAUUUGUCCGCUCUCUUCCCUUCCAGUACCCCAUAUAUAUAUACCCUUUUAAAGGCAUCCCUUAGCGGCAUAUAUAGGUGUAUUUUACCGGCCCAGUGGCAUUUAAAAAAAAAA